UUCUUUUUUCUAGGAAUUUUGUAUAGGAUUUUCCAAUAAUAGGAAAAUCAUAUAUACAUAAUUAUAUACGAGAAUGACAAAAUUGGAGUCCCGUGGCAUUUUUAAACCAAAAAAAAGCGCCAAUAAGCAGCAAAGUUCUUUUCAAUAGGUCCUCAAGUUAUUGUAGAGAAUUCCUGCCCAGCUUUGCACAUGUUUCUAUAAUAAUUAUAUAUUGUUUUUUAUUUAAUUAUUCUAUAUUAUACAUCUCAGGCUUUCCUAUCAGAUUCAAUUAUUCCACAUCAUAGAGUUUUGAACUACUACUGGAGUUUUGAUCCUGAAUCUUGGUGACCCAGUCUCUGCAUCAUAGAUGGCAACAGUACUGGCCUCUCACAGCUGCUGUUGUCAUAAUGUGGAAUUGAUAACUCAAGACAGUCUCAGUUUCUCAAGCUCAAUUUCAGUUAAUAAAUUCUCGAAGUGUUUGGGACCACCAUGUAAUCCACCUCCUACAGCUCAGUUUCCCAGGUUUCAUGUGGAAAUGCGACAGACUGAAUCACCAUCGGGCUUCGGUGUCAAUGGACGAGCUGUAAAAAUGGUACCGGCAAGUGAGGUUGUGAAAAGAAAAACACCAUCAACAAAUAAAGUAGAUAAAGUGAAUAAUGUGACAAAUAAAGUAGAGAAAGUAAAUGGUUCAGUUGUUAAUGGAGCAAGCCUAGUUAAACCUACAUCAGCACUUGUUAAGGCAACAAAAUAUAGAACCUCUAAAGAACUUCCACCAUUGAAAGAGCUGAAGGUUUUGCCCUCAGAUGAAGGCUUCCGUUGGGCCAAUGAAAACUAUAACUCCUGGCAGAGGAGUAUAGAUGUUUGGUCCUUUGUUAUCUCAUUACGUAUACGUGUUCUGUUGGAUAAUGCAAAAUGGGCCUAUUUGGGAGGUUUUACAGAAAAUAAGCAGAAAAAGAGAAGGCAGAAGACUGCAGCAUGGGUUCGAGAACGAGUGCUGCAGCUUGGCCCAACCUUUAUCAAACUUGGACAGUUAUCUUCAACAAGGUCAGAUCUAUUUCCACGCGAGUUUGUGGAUGAGCUUGCCAAGUUGCAGGAUAGGGUCCCAGCUUUCUCACCAGAGAAAGCAAGAGGCCUCAUUGAGAGUGAACUGGGAGCUCCCAUCAAUGUACUGUUCAAGGAAUUUGAGGACCGGCCAAUAGCUGCUGCUAGUCUUGGUCAGGUCCAUAGGGCUAUCCUCCAUAAUGGAGAGAAAGUGGUUGUUAAAGUCCAAAGAACUGGACUCAAGAAUCUUUUUGACAUUGAUCUACGAAAUUUGAAGCUAAUUGCAGAAUACUUUCAGAGAAGUGAAACUCUUGGUGGUCCAACGAGAGACUGGAUUGGUAUAUAUAAAGAAUGUGCCAAGAUUUUGUAUCAAGAGAUUGAUUAUAUAAAUGAAGGGAAAAAUGCUGACAGAUUUCGCCGAGAUUUUCGGAAUAUAAAGUGGGUUCGAGUUCCUCUGGUAUUUUGGGAAUACACUGCAACAAAGGUGCUAACCUUGGAGUACGUACCAGGCAUUAAGAUAAAUAGGCUGGAAAUGCUAGACGUGCGGGGUUAUAGUCGUUCUAGAAUUUCGUCUCGUGCAGUUGAAGCAUACUUGAUUCAGAUACUAAAAACUGGCUUCUUUCAUGCUGACCCUCAUCCUGGAAAUCUUGCUAUUGAUGUGGAUGAAGCAAUCAUCUACUAUGAUUUCGGUAUGAUGGGGGAGAUCAAAUCUUUUACACGGGAGAGAUUACUUGAUCUUUUCUAUUCUGUUUACAAGAAAGAUGCAAGAAAGGUCAUGAAAAGUCUCAUCGAUCUUGAAGCACUGCAGCCUACAGGUGACAUGUCAUCGGUUAGGAGAUCUGUGCAGUUUUUUUUGGAUAAUAUGUUGAGCCAAACACCAGACCAACAGCAAACUUUAGCUACAAUUGGGGAGGAUUUAUUUGCAAUUGCACAAGACCAACCAUUUCGAUUUCCAACAACAUUUGCUUUUGUCAUCAGGGCAUUUUCAACCUUGGAAGGCAUAGGUUACAUCCUUGAUCCAGAUUUUUCCUUUGUGAAGAUUGCUGCUCCUUAUGCUCAGGAGCUUUUAGAUAUGAAGCAAUCACAACGCAAUGGGACACAACUUGUACAAGAGUUGAGGAAACAAGCCAAUGAUGCUAGAACCUCCACCAUAUCCAUGCCAUACAGAGUCCAGCGAAUAGAAGAGUUUGUGAAACAACUUGAGUCAGGAGAUCUUAAACUCCGAGUUCGAGUUCUUGAGUCGGAAAGAGCAGCUCGAAAAGCAACCAUACUUCAGAUGGCAACAAUGUAUACAGUUCUUGGAGGAACCUUAAUAAACCUGGGGGUCACCCUAAGCAGACAAGGCAGUCAAGUUAUUGCUAAUGGAUCAUUCAUUGGUGCAGGAAUCUUUUUGGCAUUGUUUGUUAGAUGUAUGCAGAGGGUGAAGAAACUUGAUAAAUUUGAGAAGAUGAUAUGAUCUUCCAACAUUCAAUUGUAAUAAUUUUAUUUUAUUUUAUUUUCAUUCCAUUUCAAAAAUGUAAUUUUUAUCCAACUAUAUAGUAUAAUAUUAUUAUAGAUAAUCACCCAUAUUCAUUCA